AUGGUUUUCCCCAAGACUUUCAGCCACCAGGUGAACAAGGAAGGCGAGGUGGAGAUCGACGAGCCGCGAGAUCUCUUCACCCAAGAAAACUUCAAGAAGUUUGAAUGCGACUGGGCCGACAAGCAAGAGACGGCUUUCUUCAGGGGCACGGCAACGGGAGGAGGCACUACCCGCGAGACCAACCAGCGACUAGCAAUUGCCUGGCAGUCCUUCGAGUGGGAGUCAAGUCCGGAGCACAACGGGAAGGGGUCAUCGUCGUCCGAUGGCGGCGGUGGUGGAUCGACCGACCCCUUGCUAGACGCCGCGAUAGUCGGGUGGAACCUGAGAGACAAGAAGAUCGCCGGGCAGGAGAUGCGGUUCCUCGAUCCGACCACGAUCCCUUUCAAGGGGGGAAGGGAGAACUUCACGCCCAUCUACCAACAGUCUAAGUUCAAGUACUUGGUGUACGUGGAAGGGCACUGCGCGGCAUGCCGGUACGGGUUUAUGAUGCGCCUCGGAUCUGUUAUCCUUAAGGUGACAUCACGCUGUGUUGCCGACAGCAUGUGGUACUUCCCUCUCCUGCAGCCUUGGGUGGACCAUGUUCCCAUCAAGGCCGACCUCUCCGAUCUAGAGGAAAAAAUCCGGUGGUGCAGAAGCCAUGACGAUGAGUGCAGGAAAAUGGCGGGUGCCGCGGCGAAGCUGUACGAAAAGUUCGUGUCUCAAGAUGCAGCCCUAGACUACGUUGAGAUGCUCUCGCACGAGAUCAACUCUCGGUAUCGCAUCCCGCCGACGUGGUGGACUCCCUCCGCCGCCCUGGUGGACAUCCCCCCACCUUACUCGCAAGAGUUCAAGUGCAACACGUGCAGCCGAGAGGGGAAAUGCACUCGCUGCAAGGCGGACGACGCCGACCGCCUGGAGCGUGAAAAGAAACUGGAGAAGAAGAAAGAGGAUACUGCGGAGGACAAGAAGCGUCAAGAGAAGAGGGCGCGCGAGAGCAUUCUCAAGCGCGCUAAGGCGAAGAAAAAGAAGCAGCAGGAGGAGGAAGACCACCAGCAACAGCAGCGGCAACAACAGCUGGAGGCGGAGAAAGCAUCAAGCUCCGAAUGGUAGCUUGUUUGUGUGUGCAGCAGCCCUUAUGUCUGUUCUUCUGGAUUCUCAUUAUUAGUUGGCGGUAACAGCAGUGUCAGCGAAGCAAGAGGAGGAAGGAACACAUGGAUUGUAGAUUUAGAACUAUAGAGAGGCUGGCAGCCCUUCGACGUACACCAUGUAUCGCUAGGGGAAGAGGGACGGUCGAGUUGUUGUACGGUGGUAGUAUUUAGCACCCUCUACCCUAUCAGCUUCGUCGACCGGCGGAGAGAGCAGCACCGGGAAGCAACAGAGGAGGCGAGGAAGAAGUAGCCUAAAAUAUCAAAUAUCAUAUGCGUAUCGACCAGCAGUUUUGAGGGCAGAACAAGCAAGCACGCGCCACGAGCACAAGAACUCCAAGCAAGCCCUCACCUCACCUCACCCGAAGCCGAAGGCGCCCUUGAUGUGGAGAGUGGAGGAUGACAAUACGGAUAUGUCUAGCUCGAGCACAGCCAUCUCGCCCAACUUGAAAAUCGUGCACGUGCUGUUCCAACCCGGUUUCUGUCGCGUCUAAAAAGAAACCAGCUACCACAACAAGUGACUUACAGGGACACUUUUGUACGCUCGAACUCUCCUGGUUGUGUGUUUAGCAGGAUUCGAGCACCAUUCAAAAAAUUCUGCGCGCCACAGCGAAUGAUACUAGUCUACUACUCUGUUGAGCCUCUUGGUUGAGACGAUCAAAGGCUACGGUUCGUCUUCCCACAGAGCAAGAACUGUAUGUAGGGAAUGAGCGUCACGGAGCUUGCCUUUCAACAGGAGGGCAGGCACCAUGCAGCAUGCACACACAAGUGUGAGAUUGUUGUGUACUGUCACCGUCUCGGCGUGAUAGCAUUGUAUGUAAUGUGGCAAGUGGAGGAAUUGUGGACAGAGCUCUGCUGU